UGUUGGGGAAACACGCUGUCCCCGGCCCGCCCCACCCUGGCCCCGGGCUGCCGCGGGGCUUGGCUGGCGGUGACCAGAUUUAAACGCUCUCCAAGGAGGAGCUGUUUUAAAACGUACGUGUCGCUUGCGUCCUUGGACGAUAUCCCACCCCUGGACCUGAGGGCGGCAGCGGCAGCCGUAGCAGCAGCAGCAGAAAGUCCUUGAGGAGCCUGGUCCCCUAGGCUGUGCUGUCUGACUGGGGGCCUUGAGGAUUUCCCCUUUACCUGUAGGGACUGGACUGGUGGCUUCCAGCUGGAAGAAGUGGGUAAAGCAUUGCGGGGUUCCGGCCAGAGCUAAAUUCUGUGUUGUUGCAGCUGCUUCGGAAAUGGGGCACCCGGUCCUGGGGUCUGAAUUGAUAUACACCACUGGGCACAGAGUAGAGGGGCAGCUGUAAGGAUACCAACCUCACCUGGUUAAGAAGGAAGCUACUGUUGGGUAUAGCCUAUCCUGCCAAUCCCCCACCAUACCUGUUGCUGUUUCCUGGGCAUUUCCAAGUGUCCAGUCACUUGGAGAAAAGUGAUAUUAAAGGGACACUCAAGAGAAACUACUGUUAAUACUUCAUCUAUUAGCAAGCACUAGGCUAAUAACAGCCAUACUGGGUCAGUCCAAGGUCCAUCUAGCGCAGUAUCCCAUCUUCUGACGGUGGCCAAUGCCCGGUGCUUCAGAGGAGAUGAACAGAACAGUCAGAGUAUCAGCACUUGAUGUGAAGACACCAGAGGAGCUCUUUGUGGAGAAUGGGACAGAAGCAAGACUUCCAUGCACAUUUUCAUCCCGAGAUGUGAUCAGCAGUGCAGCGUCCAUCUCCUGGAGCUUCCAACCAGAGGGAGCAACAACCCCAAUAUCAUUCUUCUAUUACUCUCAAGGGAACGCGUACCCUGGGAAGGACACACCAUUUAAGAACAGAAUCAGUUGGGCUGGAGACCUUAACAAGAAAGAUGCAUCUGUCAGCAUAGCAAACGUGCAGUUCCGGGACAACGGCACUUACUUCUGCGAUGUCAAGAACCCACCUGACAUAGUUAUGAAGCCAGGAGAAAUCAGACUUAGAGUCGUGCAGAGAGACAAUCUGCCUGCGUUCUCCACUGGCGUGGUGGUAGCAAUAGCCAUUGGUGUGACUCUAGUUGUCUUGGUGCUCAUCGCUGUUAUCGUAUGUGUCAUCAGAAAGAAGAACUCUAAAAAGCAUUACUCUGGCUGCAGUACCUCUGAGAGCUUGAUGUCGCCGGUUAAGCAGGCUCCACGGAAGUCACCCUCCGACACAGAGGGUUUGGUAAACCACGUGCCCGCCAGAUUGCACCAGGGCCCAGUCAUUUAUGCGCAAUUAGAUCACUCCGGCGGGCGACACAGCGACAAGAUUAACAAGUCAGAAUCCGUAGUUUAUGCUGACAUUCGGAAGAACUGAGGAGAUCCCACCAUAUCCAAAGCAAAACAAAAAUUCAAACUGGAAUGGCUUGAAUCAAGUGUGACCCAGAGAACUCACAUGUGGCCUUUGAUGCCUGGGCUAGGACCAAUGCAUGUGAAUACAGAGAGAUAUAUAUGUGUUGUGUGUAAAUAGUCUAUUUAAUCGUACAGAAGUGAGACCAGUGUUGCAUGUUGAGAUGCAGUAAGAAUUCUGCUUAUAAAUGGCCAAUAUUCUUUUUUUGUAUCUAGGAUAAGGGGAGAAAAAGUGAAAAUGCAUAACAUGGCAAUUUUUAAGUAUUUUUUGUCUCAAUCAUUAAUGGAGAAACUGGAAGGUGCUAGGGGAUUCUAGAUUUACCUGAUUGUUUUUCAACAGGGUUUUCCUUUUUUGAAGGGAUGGAUAUGAGGAAGGUAGUUUCUGUAGGAUAUUUCCUCUUCUCCAAUCUAUACAAAUUGACUGCCACCUCAUCUUACUUAUACAAUUAGAUCUCUUUGCUCAGAAAAACCCUCCCCAUCUGCAUGGGAGAAGGAAGAGCUAAGCUAUAAAGGGUCUGGUAAAUUUAGCCAUUUAAAAUGUCUACCCUUCACCCCUUUAAAUAUGUGAGAACUUUACAUUUCUAUAACGGUGAUGUUGCUCAUAGAUUAAUAGAUUUUAUGGCCAGAAGGGACCAUUAUUAGCUCAUCUAGUCUGACCUCCUGUAUAUCACAGGCCAUAGAAUUUCAUAUAGUUACUCCUGUAUUGAGCCCAUGUAUUGUUAGAGCUUAAAGCCAGUCCCUUAGAACACAGGGACUGUGUUGGCCCAGUGGGGUUUGUGCAGUGAUAAUAAAACCCAACUUUUCAUAAGUAAGCAAAGGGGACAUCUAGGAAGCUUCAUAUCUGGGUAACUUGCUUCAGUUAAGAUCCUGAUGUGCCCUUCCCUGAGACAACCUGCUUCCAGUGAAACCUGCUGGGUCGUUUGUCCACUUGUAGCAGGAAGCAGGGGCUCUUCUGGAGAGAGAUGACAUUGCACUUUGUGGAAAAGGAAAAGUGAUAAAACUUUACUUGCAAUAAUCUGCCUAUACUGUCUUUCCCUGAAGCUAGUUUAGAGUAAGGGGGAGAACCGUGAUGAAUGGGACCAUCACAAGCCUGCUGCUAUAAGAGGACAGGGCCAUCCUUGGUUCCACUGUCACUGACUCUUACUAAAGUCCCAUCUCCUGUGAUCUGCUAAAACAGGAAAAAUUGAAUAACGCAGGAAGCAUGCAGCCCCACCUAUAUCACUGACAUUGUGGCUAGCUUGCUUCUUUGGGAAUCUCCCCUGUGACCUGUUUAGUCUAGUUGAAGGCAUGUGAGCUGGACCCACACUGGAGAGAUUCAUUUCAAGGUUUUAGAUCCUCUUUGUUCUUCCCUUGCUUAUAUUUCCAAAGGUUCGUUGAGUCCUUCUGGAAGGAAACAAGCUGCCUCUUGUGUGUAGUGAAUUGCAGGCAUCAUGACCUGAGAUCUUGUCUGAGCCUGAGUAAGGACGUUGAGCUUUUGGAUUUAUGGGAACAUAACCAACAUUCCAUGGCUGGAAUAGACAGCUUCUAUGAUGUGGCUGUCUUAAAGCUGUAGCCAGAAAGACUUGAUGCAAUAUGGGACUGAAACUAUUAAGAACCUACUCUCCCUUGACUUGUCUUAACUUUGAAGCUUGUUUAUCAGGAACAGUAACCUGUGUUAAUGGAAGUGGAUUGAUUCUGACUGAGGGCUUGGCUACACUUGCAAGUUAGAGCACAUUAAAGCAGCCCUGGGCACUCUAACUCCUGACGCGUCCACACUGGCAAGGCAUGUAGAGCGCCUGGACUCUGCAGCUGGAGCGCUUCUGGUAAUCCGCCUCCACAAGAAGCGGAAAGCUUGCUGCGUCCUGGCUGAAAUGCCUGGGUGUCAGUGUGAACGAGCUGUUGCAUUACUGUGCUGUGAUUGGCCUCCGGAAAUGUCCCAUCAUCCUCUGAAGUCAAGUGGCCACUCUUCUCAUUGUUUUGGAAUCGGCUGCUGGCAUGUGGAUAUCCCCUUUCAAAGCUCUGUUUCUGACAGCCGGCAUGCUUAUCUGGUCCGGAACAAAGCAAAUCAUUACUGUGGAAUGCUGCAGUUGUGGGGAAAAGGGGUCUGCCGCUAUCUGAACUUACAAGACAGUAUGCUGACAUGCUCUCAGCCCCCCCAAAACCCACUCUCCCCCCACAUACACACAACACACUUCCUGUCAUACUCCAUUCCCUCUCCUCCCAUUUGAAAAGCACGUUGCAGCCACUUGCACGUUGGGAUAGCUACCACAAUGCACUGCUCUUUGUGGCAUUGUAAGAGCUGCUAAUGUGGCCACGCCACUGCGCUUGAAUCUGGCAGUGUGAACACAUGGCAGCAUUUUCCCUGCUGCGGUCUCUGAAGGCUGGUUUAACUCCCAGUGCUCUACAUCUGCAAGUGUAGUCAUGUCCUGAGUGAGCUGUCUUCAAGUUUCACUCAGUUCAGAGGAAUUCAUGAUUGCCUUGUGGCUAAUGAGAUCAGACCAGAGACCUGAUCAGUUUUAACCCUAUACUUUUAGCCAAUGGAGCAUGCAGUUUCCUCUUGAUUCCCUGCCACUAACCCAGGUCUUUGUCAGUUAAAAGGAAAUGCAAAAUUUAAAGGGCUUUUAAAAUUCCUCCAGGUUUGCUGCCCUUGUCCAUCUCUGGCCCUGCUGAGGUUUGUGCUGUGUAGGACUACUUCUGAUGAAUGCCUAGUGCUAAGUCGGAGAAGGCAGGCUUGUAGCACAGCUCAGGGAUAAGCAGAAUCCCUUUCAGGGUAAAACAAAUGUAAAAACUGAAAUGGGGAUGAGGCUACAGUUAAUACUUUGUGACUAGGCUUGGAAGGAUUAGAUUUUUAUUGGUAAAUGUCAAAACGUUGAUUUCACUGUACAUGCACAAACUGACGCAUAAAUAUUUCUAUCGAUAAUUGAAAUUUAGAGGUAAGCAAAGUAAGAAAAAUGCUGCUUGAGAACUUAUUGGUUUGAUUUAAGGCUAUAUACUUUGUAUAUUUUGACAUAUGAUGUUGACAGUUUGUGUGCUGUGGUUAUAAUGCUUUAACCUUUUAAAUCUCAACAUCUACUGUCAUUAAAUAAUUGUCUCAUCCCUCAAUUUCCCACAACUGUGAAAGUUUAAACUGAAAAAAUGCUUAAAACCCAUAAUUGUGCGCAACUUUGAAAAUUUAAAUUGAUAAAAAUUGAAAAAGAUGCUUAAAAAUAAGCAUGGAUAUUGUCCAUCAAAAUGAUAAAGAAUAAAAAAUAGAAUUCUGCCAAGCUGGUGUAGAAGUGUUACAGCUCAAAACCUCCCUGUCCCUUCCCUUCCCAUGUAAAGAAAUAUAAACUGGGGGCUGCUCUACACUGGGAAUUUACCUUGGCAUAGCUACAUCUCUCAUGGGUGUGAAAAAUCCACCCCCCUGUGAGAUGUAGCUAUGCUGACCUAACCCUCCUCGGUGUAGACAGAAUUCUUCCAUUGACCUAGCUACCACUUCUUAGGGAGGUGAAUGACCUAUGCUGAGGGGCGAACCUAGUGUUUAUACUGAAGUGCUACAGCAGUGCAGAUGCAGCUGUGCCACUGUAGUGAUUAAAGUGUAGACAUACUUUGAAUGAAGCUAUCGUAAAAUUCCAGGUUAUGGUCUGAUCCUAUUAGCCCAUUUUGAAAGCUGUAAAACUGAAUGAAUUGGCUGCAUUCUUCUCCCCACCGCCCCUUUCUGUAUGGCAGUCAGUUACUCAGGGCUUGUCUACACUAUGGAGACUGUACCAGCAGAGCUACAACCGCAGAGCUAUGCCAGCAUGACCUUGUAGUGGAAGCACAGCCUACAAUGAUAGAAGGGGUUUUUCUGCUGGAGUAGAAACACCACCUCCCCCAACGAUGAAAGCAUUGAUUUGUCAAUGUAGCUGUCUCUACGGUGGGGGUUAGGUCAGCUUAGCUUUGUUGGAUGGGGUGUGUUGUUUUUUCGCAUCCCUGACUGACAUAGCUGGGUCGACCCAACUUUUAAGUCCUGGUCUGCACUUCAGAUUUAGAUUGACCUAACUGCAUUGACCAGAGGUGUGAAAAAUUAAUCGCCCUGAAUGCUGUAGUUAAGCCAACCUAACUCCCGCCGUAGGUGCAGUUUGUCUUCUGUCGAUGUAGGAAGCAUCUACACUAAGGCACUGGAGCUGUGCCGCUAUAGCACCCAUACUGUAGACAUGCCCUACAUGUAGACCAAGCCUAAGACAGCUGUGUUGUCCCAAGGGCUCUUAUAAUGGAGGCAACUCUUAAAUAACGAGCUGAGGUGAGUUCCAUGGGAAUUACAUUGUAUCCAGGAUGGCCAAUUCUUUAUAAAUUUUGUCUUUACCGCUCAGGGCAUAAUACGUCACAGCACAGAAACUAGAGUCGGUACCACAUACAAUUUUCUACUUGUCAGGAGAACUCCUUCUCCCGACUAUAACUGACCUUGUACUCACUGCAGACAAAGACACAUACCCUUUGGGAUUGCCGCCUGGGCUCUGUCUGCUACAGGAACUGGCACCUUUUUGAGAGCAAGGCUUGGAUGCUAUCACUUCUGUUUUGCUUGUCUUUCCCCUGAGAAAACAUGCUGCUGCUGCUCCUCGCUGGAACUGAAAAGCUGGCAAAGCAGCAAAAUUCUAUUUCAACAUCUCAGGCCUUUUAACCCUUAGUAGACUGCCCCCAAAUGAGCAUAUAGGUGCAGCAUCCGGAGGGCUGGUGUUGCUACUUGCUAACUCGAGUGUCUAGUGAAUGAAUUGGCAGCUGUAUUCUUCUCCACAUCUUAUCUCCACCACCCCUUUCCAUGCGUAGGUCAGUGUUUGACUGCAGUUCUCCAGGGCAGAUAACCCAGGGUUGAGGGGGUAGGACAAGGGUAUUUUAGGUUGUGUUUGGAGGAGCUGUUACGUUGAGAGCCUUCCCACAGUAACAGUGAUCCCUGUUGGUGCGUAAGGCCCAGUCUAUACCUGGAGUGCUCUGUGUUUUGCAGAGUUCUAUUGGCAUUUCAGUUUAUGAUUAGAGAAACUGGAAUUAGGUUUUUUAUUUGUCUUUUAAUAUUCCAGAGUUGUUUGUGUAAAUGUGUGUGUGUGUGUACAUGAAACUUAAAGGCUUCAUUUCCCUAGAGAGCGGACUGUUGAAGUGGUGGGGUGAAGAACCAUAUGAUCUCGAACAUAAAUGCCCCGGAACCUGUUUUAAACCUUGCUUGGCGUUUACAUUAUUCUCAUAUCUGUCUAGGACCUUUAAAACCAGGAUUUUUCUCUUAUGUGUAUUGGGGGGCGGGGUGUUCGAGGAGUAUUUUUCCCUCUUGAAAAUGAAUCUGUGGUCAAAGAUCUGGGGAAGUAUCUGACAUGGCUGGGGUUGCAGUCAUUUUCCCAUCAUACCAGCAUCUAGGUCUUGGCACAUUGUAUGAUAAAGGCCACCAGAAUGCAUCGAAUCAUAGAAAUGCUGGGCUGGAAGGGACCUCAAGUAGUCAUCAAGUCCAGCCCCCGGUCUGAGGCAGGACUAAGUGAUGGAGAUCCCUAAAUCAUAAACUACUUUGCUCAGACUUUAUUCCAUUGUGUGGGUUGUUUUUUUGUUUUUGGUUUGUUUUUCUGUUUUUUAAAGGCCUCCCUCCUCCUUCUCCUCAAACACAAGCAAUCCCUUUUAUUUUUAAGGUAUUUCUGCACUUUCUAAAACUGGAAUUUAAGUUGAAUAAAGUUUCCUGCCUUCUGGGGUGAAUAUGCUGUGCAGUCUGGUCUCCCGCCCCUCCCCAAAGCAGCCACAACAUGGAGUAUUAGAGAGACUUUGACAGGGAGACAGGAGCUUUUGGUUCUUAUUCCUGCAUAUCUUCUUCCUGUAUCUUCCUAAACGGGGGAGUAAAGCCCACUCCUCACUAAGAGGAUAGCGCACCAGGAUCCUGCCUGGUUUUGGGGGUGGAGGAAGCAGGACAAACACCUAUAAAAUGGGUGUAUAAUUAUUGUGGGAGGGAGCCAGGUGUAUACUGCGUGGCCUCACUCUAUAAAGUUAAAGGUAUAGAGAGCCGGGGAUAGCAACUGUGCUUUGUGCUCUGCUUGGACAGAUUCUUUUGAUUUGGAUACUAAAAUCAUACUGUAAUUUUUCUUGACUGAUUUUAAUGUUUUCUAUUGUAAUCUUUUGACUAUUUUAAUACACUUUUUUCCAUUA